CCGUCAAAAUGCAAAGAACCUGCUGCAAAAAUUCGACAAAACAACGCGGAAGAUCCAUCCAAGGCUCCAAGCAUAACGUGAGCAUUAACGCUCAAUUAAAAAUGCUUUACCUGAAAUUCAUCCCAGCCCAUUGUGCAAACGGCGUUUCCAUGUUGCAUCUGAAUUACUGGGAGCCACUGCCGGAAAUCAGUUUUUGGUCCAGGUCCAGGGUUUUUGGUCCAGUUUUUGGUCCAGGAUAGUGAGAAGUCAAUGAUGGACAUCCCGGGGCUCCAAACUCAAAUAAACGGCGCUCCAAAAAAGCAAGAUGCGGAGUCACUGCUAACCUGUAAUGCGGUUCCUUUCCACUACACUAAUUACUGUUUUAACUAGCAUGUGCUGAUAAAGUAAAGGAACAGGAUCACACACCAGUGCUGCUUUAUCAUUUUUUUCCGGUUUCAUCGUUGAUAAUGGUUCAUUUUCUCGUUGCUACCGCCGCGAUUCUGCUGCUGCUGGCCUUUUUGCCUGGCUACCUUGGCUGUUCCACACAGAAAGGCCUGACCGUGGACAGAUUGCACCAGAUCCUGAACGAAGCGAAACAGCGCAACGGCAACGGCGUCAUGCAGCUUCAUGGUUACGGGCGCGGUCGCACGUUUGAGGACGUACCUGCAAUGGAAUGGCCACCGAACACGCAGAUUAUCCGAGCGCCAGAAGGCGGCACACUGCAUGUUCCCUGCAAGAACAACAACACGAAAGUGUCCCACAUCGAGAUUCCGCCGGCGUACACGUACAGAGGAAGGCAGGUUACUGUUACGGAUGUCAACGUUCCCCGCAGAGUGUUCGAGGGAGUCAACUAUCGCUGCAACUUCACGGAGAAGUCCAGUCCGGGGGAGAACAUUGCGCGCAGCAUCAAACAGGUGACCGACUACGAUCCGGCCACUGGUGCGUUCUCCAUCGCGCUGGAGGACUUUACCAACGCCCACAGCGGCCUGUACGAGUGCCUGCACUCCAACGGCAGCCAGCGGGUGGUGACGCAGCGCUAUUAUGUCAGCGCCACCCUCCUCCGCCACGACGUUUUCCAGCCGCCCAUGCCGAACGUCACGGCGCGCUACGGCGAACCCGCGGAAAUGGAGUGCCCGGUGCAUUUCCGUUUCCUCCCCGGACACCUGACCGACCGUUUUCUGUGGCGCCGCGGCCGCUACCUGCUGAUGGGCGAUUCCAUCCCGGAGAUGGCGGAUAAGGCCAUGUCAUGGCGGGGCUUUUAUGGGCACAUUGAGACGGGCAUCAAUGCAGCGUUGCGGUGUCAUGCCACCUUGAAGAUCCGCCGUGUCACAUGGAACGAUGCCGGUCUGUACGAAUGCUGGUUCCGCGUGGACGAUGGUCUGGACGAGUGGAUUGUGCAGGAAGCAUACCUGCACGUUAUCUAACCGUAGCCGCUAGUACACAGCUCCGGUUAUUCGUUAGCUUAGGUUUUCAUUUUUGGAAUAUUUAGUCAGCGUUGCCGUUUCUACUGUGAACAGUCAGUACUC